CAAGGUCGAGGAUGCGAUGACCGACGUCCGUAAGAGAAUAGUGAAGAAAUUGAUUUGAGUUGUGAUUUGACUAAGAGCUGCAAUCACCACUCUUGACUCACAAAACAUUUUUCUUCGCCCUUUUGGUCAAUAUUGCGAUGCGGACUAUCAGGUUACCUCGAAGAAGGCACAAAUCUGAUGAAUUCUCCUGUUACAGUGUCCGAGAUACUUGCUGCCGAGAUAAAAUUGCUUUCAGGAGUAAACUUCGAGCUGCUUUGCUUUCAUCCCUACAAGGCGGUACUGGCCAUAACAGAGGAUUUGAGGACGUACUUAAAGUCAGAAAAGGGACGCUCUCUCGUCACAUUUUUAGAUGGAACGGACAGACCGAUCAUAGGGCAAGAUCUCAAACCGAUGCAUGACGACGCUCAAUCUAUUGUCAACGAUGUGAUUGUAAGUGACAUACCGCUGUUAUAUACACCUGGGCAGAUUGGCUUGGCAGCAUUGAUAGUAGCAAAUGAAAACCAGAAAGGGAAAGAUAAUGUCCCACAGAUUGAUCUGAUGGGUUAUCUUUCGCAUCGAUUCGAACAAGGCGCAGACAUUCCUCGGAUGAGUUCAUUAUUGCAGGAAAUUGGAACAAAGCUACAGGAAUUGAAAGAAGGACAACAUGGUUGUGCAAACUACAAAGUAGAUAUGCAGAAACUAAAAGCUAUACACAAGAAACUGAAAAAAUGUAGGAUCUGGGGAGUGAAAGAGAAGAAAAAGAAGAAACGAAAGAAUGCCCCGGAACACGACGACGGUCCUGAAACAAAACGAGUCAAGUCAUCUCAACAGUAAAUGGAUGAUUUUUUAGAAGUUUAAUGUUUUGUUAUAGCUCGUGAAUUAGAAGAGGAUCUAUCAAAAUCAGAACCAUAACUUCUGAAGAGAAGAAUGCUUCUACUAGUAGUAGUCGCUCCGAAGGGAACAUGGAUGACUUGUUGCUCUUACUACUAGUAGUAAUACCAAUGCAAAUUCUCCUUUGGGAAUUUUUCCAGAAUACAAAUUAAGAAUGCAU